AGAUUAUCAGAGUGUGUGGAUCUAUAUAUAUAUAUAUGUACAUUCCCUAGCGGUUUCUUGUAAGAGUCAAGAGUACUUUGAAAGAUAUAAACAAAGGUUAUACACGUAGACAGAAAGCUCCGCAACAAUGGGUAGUAUCAGUGAACCAACAGUGAGCAACAAACAGGUUACAUUGAAAGAAUACGCGAAUGAAGGUUGCCCUAAAGAAUCAAACUUGCUUGUAACUACUAAUUUAAUCAAACUCAAAGUGCCAGAAGGAACUGAUGGUGUCCUUAUCAAGAAUCUGUACUUGUCUUGUGAUCCAUAUAUAAGAGUCCUACUGCAAGAAGAAAGAGAACCUGGGCAUCCUUUUGCACCAUUCCAGCUUGGUUCAGUUAUAAAUGGACUUGGAGUGGGUAAAGUUGUGGAAUCUGCGCAUCCAGACUUCAAGAAAGGUGACUUUGUUUGGGGAAUGACUGGUUGGGAAGAAUAUACUCUCAUUCCAACACCAGCUCAGUCCCUCGUUAAAGUUCAUCACACUGAUUUGCCUCUCUCAUAUCAUGCUGGAAUUCUUGGCAUGACAGGCAUGACCGCUUAUGUUGGAUUAUAUGAGAUUGGGGCUCCUAAGAAAGGAGAUUGUGUGUUUGUUUCAGCUGCUUCUGGUGCAACUGGUCAUCUUGUCGGCCAACUUGCAAAGUUGGCAGGUUGUUAUGUGGUUGGAAGUGCUGGAAGUAAAGAAAAAGUUGAUUUAUUAAAGAAUAAGUUCGGAUUCGAUGAGGCUUUCAAUUAUAAUGAAGAAAAAGACUUGGAUGCAGCUUUUAAGAGAUACUUUCCUGAGGGAAUCGAUAUUUACUUUGAUAAUGUUGCUGGCAAGAUGUUAGACGCAGUGCUGCUGAACAUGAAAUACCAGGGACGCGUGGUUAUGUGUGGAGUGACGUCGCAUUAUAUCUCAAGCAAGAUUGAUUGUGGGAUUUUCAAUUCAAACCAAGUUAUUUUGAAAAGUAUCCGCAUGCAAGGAUAUGUAGUUUCCGAUUACUAUCACUUACUCCCAAAAUAUCUAGAAAUGGUUAUACCAAAUAUCAAACAAGGGAAGAUUGUAUAUGCUGAAGAUAUUGCCGACGGUCUAGAAAGCGCUCCGGCAGCUUUGGUUGGGCUAUACAAGGGACGUAAUGUGGGGAAGCAAGUUAUUAAAAUUGCCAAUGAAUAACCAUAAUUAUUAAUUAAGCAUCUUAUUUCUCUAAUGUAAUUGUAAUUCUAUUUUGGUUUCUUAAAUGGAGUAAUAAAAUUGCCUAGAGGAAGGAGAAUAAUAAGAGUGAUAGCUUGUUCGUAAUCAAUGUUUUUGUGUGUUAAUUAGUUAUAAAUAAAUAAUUUCAUUUUGCUCC